UUAUAUUAGUGCAGAACACUGUACCUUUAAUUUAAAUGCCCUUGGAGUCUGCUGGGGAAGAGAAAUAAUACUGUCAGUCAGUAUGACAUGCAGAUGAGUGCCGUCGAUCUUAGAAUCACCGCACACUUCACUCAUUUGGGCAGUCACGGGGCCAAAACCAGAGUGUGGAGCCACAGUGUGGCGGUGGAGGCAGCAGCAAUGGGAGGCCAUACAGCACCCUAUGACAAAAUGGAACCCACCAGCAGUGUGAGGAGACCUGAAAGUGGCACAUGGCAGAGUGUGGCGAUGGAGACAGCAGCAAUGGGAGGCCGUACAGGGACCCAUGACACACUCUGGACCUGGCAGCAGCAUGAGGAGGCGGUACGGAGGCCCAUGGCAGAUUACGGGCCUGGCAGCAGCGUGAGGAGGCGGUACAGGGGCCCAUGGCAGAGGAUGGAUCUGGCAGCAGUAUGAGAAGGCGGUACAGGGGCCCGU